AUGACAGCUCCACCAAUCAAACACAAGGCCCUCCUCAAUGUAGAUUUGGGGGAGGCGUAUGGGAACUAUGUCUGUGGUCCGGACUUGGAACUCCUGCCUCUGAUCGAUCACGCCAACAUCGCGUGUGGCUUUCAUGCGGGUGAUCCGCUCAUCAUGCAGGAGACGGUUCGGAAUUGCAAGAAAUAUAAUGUCAAGGUCGGCGCUCACCCGGGCCUCCCAGAUAUUCAAGGGUUCGGUCGACGAGAGAUCAAGAUGUCGCCUGAAGAAUUGACCGCCAUCACCGUCUACCAAGUGGGGGCCUUGAAGGGGUUCCUGGAUCGAGAAGGGGUUCCGCUACACCAUGUGAAGCCGCACGGGAUCUUGUACGGCAUGAUGUGCCGGGACUACGAAAUCGCCAAAGCAGUCAUGCAAGGCAUUCCCAAGGGAGUUCCUGUCUUCGGGCUGGCCGGCACCAAUAUGGAGAAAGCGGCCAAUGAUCUCGGGGUACCCUUCUUCGCCGAGUUGUAUGGAGAUGUCAAGUACAAUAGUGAUGGGAUGCUUGUCAUUGACAGGAAGAAGAAGCCGUGGGAUCUGGAAGAUGUCAGAAAGCACGUCGGCCAGCAGCUGAACAGCCAGUCGGUGACCGCCGUCGAUGGCAGUGUCGUCCAACUACCGGUCAAGGACUAUCCCAUCACCAUCUGUUGUCAUUCGGAUUCACCGGGCUGCCUGGGCAUCAUCAAGACCACCAAAGAGGUGAUUGACGAGUUCAACCAAAAGCACGGGAGGUGA